AUGGAGAUUAGGUUUCAGCCAGGCGUGAAGGCGCGUGGGGAGCCACCCCGCACUGGGCCCGCCGGGUCCCUACGCCCUGGCCGCUGGCUGAGGACUCCCACCCUGGGAUACGUUCACUCACCCCCAAAUGCCGCCCUGUGUCCGAAGCCGUGGGCGUCGGUGCAGGACCGAGGAGACCAGCAAACGGAGGCUCAGAGGGGCGAGUGCCUCAAGGCUCCAGGUGUGCCUUCCUGCAAAGCCAGCCACAACCUGUGCCCCAGCGGGCCACGAGGCAACAGGAUCUGCCGAGCAGGCCCAGUGCGGGGUCUGCCCUGGGCUCUGAGGCCCAGGAGAUCUGUGGUCAUUCAGACCCCCAGGAAGCAGCCCACAGCCGUGGGAAGCCCACUAUUUAUUACCCUGGAGCGCAACGCGUCCCAGCUCAUGUUCAGCACCAACUACAACAGGAAGGUGCGGGCCGCGGAGUCGUCGCCCGGGAACGAGCUGCCCGCGGGCCCCGGCGACCGGGCGGUAAGACGCCGCGCCGCCUCGCGCUCGGACGCACCUGCCGACGCGGGGACGACCGCCCGGGCCUCGCCCGCGCCCCGGGGUCGAUCCGGCGACCCUGCGGAACAGAGCGGAGCCGCAGGGCGUUUCCACCGCCGUCAGUCCUUCCGGAAGCUGAGCCUUCAGCCCGCGGGACUCCGCUUAGCACCUCAGCGCUUCACAGCUGGGCUCCCCGAACUCAUCACUGAGCGGGCACAUGGCAUCGACCCCCGGGACACCUGGAUGCUUUUCGUCCAGCAGAGUGACAGGGGCAUCAACAGCAAGAAGAGGAGCCUCACUGUCACGGUUCCCCUUCAGCUCGGCCUACCAGGGCCUCCCGGACCCCCUGGGCCUCAGGGCCCCCCAGGCCCCAUCAUCCCACCUGAGGUGCUGCUGAAGGAGUUCCAGCUGCUGCUGAAAGGCGCGGUGCGGCAGCGCCAGCGCGCGGAGCCGGAGCCCUGCACGUGCGACUCCGGCGCGGAUGCCACAGCCGCCGAGGAGCCGGAGGAGGUCGACGCCGCCUUCCACUGCCGCCUGCGCCACGACACGCCGGUGGAGCGGCGCUCGCUGCACGAGCUCGGCCUCUACCACGUGCCUGACGCCGAGGGCGCCUUCUGCCGCGGCCCCGGCCUGAAUCUGACCAGCGGCCAGUACACGGCGCCCGUGGCCGGCUUGUACGCCUUCGCGGCAGCGCUGCACGUGGCACUUGCUGAUCCGCCGAGGCGGGGGCUACCGCGCGCCCGGGACCACCUGCGCCUGCUCGUCUGUAUCCAGUCCCUGUGCCAGCGCCACGUCUCCCUGGAGGCUGUCGUGGGGCUGGAACGCACCAGUGACCUCUUCACCAUCGCUGUCAAUGGCAUUCUGUACCUGCAGCCCGGGCAGUAUGCCUCGGUCUUCCUGGACAAUGCCAGCGGCUCCUCCCUCACGGUGCGUGGCGGCUCCCGCUUCAGCGCAGUUCUCCUCGGCCUGUGA